AUGCCUCUUUACGGGCCGAGCCUGGGCAGCCUCCUAGGCCCAAAGCUAUCUGGGCUUUCUUCCGGUCCGGCCCGGCCCGAGGAACGCUGGGGUCCACCUCCACCCGGCUGCCUCGUUUUGUCGAGGCAGAGCAUCUCUCACACCAUCGUCGUCCUCGCCACUUCGCCAGCGUCCGCGCCGCCGCCGGUCCACCUCGCCAGCGCCCGCGUCUCCGGCGUCCUUUCGCCGGAGCACGCAAUCCACCUCGAAGAAGCUCAUCCUUUCCUCAUCGGCGUUGUUGUCUUCCCCUCUACCGUGGACGGGAGAUCCGUCCGGACUCGCGACCGAUUCCAUUUGCUGAUGGAUUCUCUUGAAAUCAAGAAAGAAGAAGAUUAUCAGAUGGAUCAGAUUGAAAUCAAGGAUGAUGAAGACCAUCCGAUAGAGAUGCUUGUUGACCAUCCUCGUUUUCUAGAACCCUUAUGUCCAGAGGAGGUCAAUGAAGACACACGAGUAUACCCUCGUGUAGGGGAUGAGUACCAGGUGGAAGUUCCAAAUCUAGUAACAGAUGAUAAACUCAUGAAACUAAGCUCAUUGACAGUUUAUGACAGCAUUUCGGUUGGGUUUGAGUACCCUGUGGCAGUAGGAUUAGCUAUUCCAGUCACAUUGACCCAAAAUACAAGCAGUCAUAUAAAAGAAGAGCAGAGGGGAUUUUCAGGACGCAGUUCAUGUCCUUCACAAGAUGAAGGUACCAUCCACAGCAGUGGAAAUAUUCCCGGAAAUUUAUAUCAGCACAGCAUUUGUUCAGAGUGUCGGGGCUGUAAAGUUGAAUAUGUCGAGCAAGGUGAGAAAUUAUCAGGAUCUAUAGGACAAGAUAUGCACUGCUUACAGAAAAGGGAGCUUUUAGUCUGUUCUUGUGUAAAAAGGAAACUUAAUGAUUUUAUUCCAUUGCCUGGGAUGCCAAGACACUCCUGGACUGAUGAAGAGGCACAUACUUUUCUUCUGGGUCUCUACAUAUUUGGCAAAAAUCUUGUUCAGGUGAUGAAAUUUACGGAAGGUAAGACAAUGGGAGAAGUGUUGUCCUACUACUACGGAGAAUUUUUCAGGUCUGAUGCAUACAAACGAUGGGCUGCAUGUAGAAAAGCAAGAAGCAGGAGAUGUAUACUUGGGUUACGUAUAUUUUCUGGUCCUAGGCAGCAGGAAUUGUUGUCACGUUUGCUUGCUGCCGUAGCAAGGGAGGUUGAAGAUCCUUUGCUGGAGGUCUUUAAGACAUUCAAUGAGGGAACAUCUACUUUUGAGCAGUUUAUUUUGACCUUAAAGUCCACAGUUGGUGCUCAAGUUCUUGUAGAGGCAGUUGGAAUUGGCAAGGGGAAAUAUGACUUGACUGGAUUUGCAUUAGAUCCUAGUAGAAAUCAUGGUAUCUUGACCCGAUCAGAAAUCCCUAUUGGCAAGGCUUGCUCGGCGCUUUCAUCUGGAGAUAUCAUAAAGUUUUUGACUGGUGACUUCAGACUAAGCAAGGCAAGAUCCAAUGAUCUAUUCUGGGAGGCUGUCUGGCCUCGGUUGCUUGCAAGAGGCUGGCAUUCAGAGCAGCCCAAGGAUUCUUCACCAGUUGGAAAGCAUGCUUUAGUCUUUCUCAUUCCAGGCGUAAAGAAAUUUUCUAGAAAGAAGCUUGUCAAAGGAAAUCAUUAUUUUGAUUCUGUUAGCGAUGUCUUGAGAAAAGUUGCAUCUGAACCAAAGCUGCUUGAGUUUGGAGUUGAGGGUGGUAAUGAUGAAGGUGUGGUUAAGCUUGAAAAUGGAUGGAUCCAUGAUUCUGAACCUGACAAAAACACACUUCCUGACAAGAAACCUCCUUGCUAUAGCCGGGCCAGUGAGCCUGGCUGUUCCCCAGAGCUAAUGAAAUUUACUGUGGUGGAUACUAGUCUUGUUCAAGGGGAAGAACCUUCUAAGGUGAGGUCACUAAGAAAUCUACCAACAGAUGCCAGUCAUGGUUACAUGUCUUCACCACGAUCAGGAGAUUCUGGGAGUGACAGCUCAGAGGAGCACUCAGAUUCUGAAGACGGCUCUCAGCCAUAUGAACAUAUAAAUACUGAUCGAAGCACAACCAAUGUCAAGUAUGUUAACGAGGAGAAGAAAAGUAAGCCUCCAACAAGUGAUAAGAUGGAUUCUAGUGCACUUCAGAAGUCUGUUUUUUCAGGCACAUCAACAUCGAUCAAUGGUCAUAUUUCAAUUGAUCAAGAUUUCGGCACAGUGAAUAGUGUGUGCUCUUCUACCGCAACUAUUCUUCCUGUUGAUGUUCAAAGGGUCUAUACUACUACUACCUCCACUGAAAUAAGCUUUCAGUUUGAUCAAAGGAUAAAUGCUGAGUCCCAAGUUUUCUUAGCACCUUUGUCAAAGAGAAGAAGGUUAGUUUCCUGUAAGACUGAAAGAACUGGUCGCAAAAAUAUUGUUGCCAAUGAAAAUCAUUACUGGAAGAAAGUUGACAAGCCACCGCAACAUGAUGUGUCUGGAGCAAAUGAAACAAGCAGAGAGGCUAACCCUUUUGUAUGGGGCGCAAUUGCGAACUCAUCAACUAACAUAUCCUUCGAUGUGAAUAACAAGCAGGCAUAUUGCAGACAGCUUCACAAUGUGCCCCGCAAUGAUGAAAAAAUGAUUUACAAGGAAAAGCGACAAAAUAGGCAUGUCGUUGAUCCGAAUGUCCCACAAACACCAUCUGAUUAUGAGUCAACUGUGAGCUACAGUGUCCCUCAAUCCGACAAGAAUACACAAGCCAUGGACAGACCUCUACGUUCUUCAGAAACUGAGGAAAUGACCAACCACCUUCCAGAUAUGGAUGCCCCUAGUAAUGUGCUCUAUGGGGAGCUUUCUUUCAACUCAAGAAGGCAGAGUAGCAGAAGCCGCCCGCCAACAGCCCGAGCUCUGGAAGCUCUUGCCUGUGGCUUUCUUGGGACCAAACAAAAGGGCAGGGAGGCAAACUUUCCAUCUUCAAGCAGGAGCAGCAGACCUGUUCGACGACCACGAAGAUCAACUGAUGUUGCUCUGUCAUUUCCUUCUGAUGGCGAAGGAUGUACUUCUCAUUUUACUGAUUCGCCCAUGGACGUCAACGAAUGGCACAUGGGUAAUCCUCCAUACCAAAUGAUUCACAGCAGCCCCUCGGAUAAAUCCACAGAUAAAGGGAGUCCUGACUUGUUCGGGGCAGACAAGUCUACUGAUAAAGGAGCUCAUGAAUUGUUUGGCAUACCUUAGAUCGCAUGAAAAUGAGUAAGGUCGGUCCAUGCCCAGCAAUAUCUUUGGAUUAGCCAACCUUUAUUGAAUGGAUUGGCUGCCGGUUAAGAGAACGAAGUGAUCUUAUGGUCAGAAUGCAACCUGCAGUAAUUGAUGGGUACUACUUGUUCAAACUUUGUUUUUUGGUUGAGAAACGAAUGGAGGAAGCUUAUAAAACUCAGUUUUCAAUUUCAUCUACAGUUAUGUGCAUGUACGUUCUCAAUACUUAUCAAGAGCAGAUGAGACCAAUGAACUACAAACAUGUGAUUGAUGAUUGCCUUCGCAUCAGCAGUUCAGCCUCCAGUGGCUUAUCAAGUCUUCCGUGAUAGAAUCAUGCGCUUCUUGUUUGGAAGCCUAUGAUGAAGCUUUUACCUUUCCUUUGAAGUUUUCUGAUAAAACUUUACCCGGAGUUAUACUCUUGCUUUUUAUUACAUAUACUAUGUCGGUUAGCUGGACAAGCGUGUUAUAGUGCGCUCGUAUAAGAACCAUACCUGAACUAAAUUUGGAACUCUGUCCCUGUGCAACAAACCCAAAAGCGUGUUCUAAGCAUACUUGUGAAAAUGCA